UUUUUAUAUUCCACUCCGUUACCGAAGUGGAAUAUCUGGACAGGUGGCCUGAUCCGUUUUUUUCGAGGGGGUCAUGUUUUAGAAAAUCUAUAUCUGUCGGAGGUGGAGAGAAUUCUGGCCCCGUCAGCUAUUUUUGUUCCUUCUCGCUUUCACUGUUUUGUGAAAGGAGACGUAAAAAGGAAGGAAGGGGGAGAGCAAGAGAGAAAACGACAGACGUAUGCAGUCCGAGCGUCUCUGGGAGGUUUCAGUUGUUUUCAGAGGCAGCUGAGAAGAGUAAGUGUUUACCUGCUUUCCUUUUUGGACGGCGCUGGGUUAGAUAGAGAGAGGACUGGCUGGAGGGACGCGUAGAAGGAGGGUUGGAGGAGAAGUGUGCAGAAGAAGUGAACAGACACCAUGGUUCGGUGGUUCCACAGAGACAUCACAGGCUUGCAGGCCGAGGAAAUGCUGAAGUCUCGAGGCAUUUACGGCAGCUUUUUGGCUCGUCCCAGCAGGAAGAACGUGGGAGAUUUCUCCCUCUCUGUCAGGGUGGGCGAGCAGGUGACGCACAUCCGGAUCCAAAAUACGGGAGACUUCUACGACCUGUAUGGCGGGGAGAAGUUUGCCACCCUGUCUGAGCUGGUGGAGUACUACACGGCGGAGAAUGGCAUCCUGCAGGACAAGGACGGCACCGUUAUCGAGCUCAAAUACCCCUUCAACUGCUCCGACCCCACCACGGAGAGGUGGUACCACGGUCACCUGUCUGGGCCAAAUGCAGAGAAGCUCCUCAGUGCACGAGAGGAGCCGGGGACCUUCCUGGUCAGAGAGUCACUGUCAAAACCUGGAGACUUUGUCCUGUCUGUUCAGACGGACGAGAAGAUCAAAACGGGGGGAAAGCGGGUCUCCCACAUUAAGAUAAUGUGCCAGAAUGACAGGUAUACAGUGGGAGGCUCGGAGAUGUUCGACACGCUCGCAGACCUGGUGGACUACUACAAACGCAAAGGCAUCGAGGAGCUCUCUGGUAACUGGGUGCAUCUCAAACAGCCGUAUUACUCCACCAGAGUGAAUGCAGCAGACAUCGACAGCAGAGUGAAAGAGCUGAAUGUGACCACGCAGCAGCAGCAUCAGCAGCAGCAGCAGGAGGGAGAGAAGAGCAAGGCGGGCUUCUGGGAGGAGUUUGACGCUCUGCAAAAGUUGGAGAGUAAGGUGAAAAGGAGCAGGGAGGAGGGACAAAGACCUGAGAACAAGAGCAAAAACAGAUACAAGAACAUUCUUCCCUUCGAUGACACCAGGGUCGUCCUGCAGGAUGUCGACCCGAGCAUUGUGGGUUCGGAUUACAUCAACGGCAACUAUGUGAAAAAUAACCUGUGGGAGGCUGGAGACCAGAAAGUUUACAUCGCCACCCAGGGAUGCUUAGCGACGACUGUCAAUGAUUUCUGGCAGAUGGUAUGGCAGGAGAACACGCGCGUGAUCGUCAUGACGACAAGAGAGGUCGAGAAAGGGCGGAAUAAAUGUGUGCCGUACUGGCCGGACCUUCAUAACACCAAGGAGAUGGGGAGCUAUGUGGUGACCUGCAAGUCGGAGAGAGAAGCUGCCGAUUAUAAAGUCCGACUUUUGGAGAUCGCUCCCGUGGACAAGCCAAAACAAUCCCAUUCAGUAUGGCACUUCCAGUACCUCAGCUGGCCCGACCAUGGCGUUCCUCAGGAGCCAGGCGGCGUCCUCAGCUUCCUCACUCAAGUGAACUCUAAACAGGAUGAAUUUCCCAACGCUGGGCCCAUAAUCAUCCACUGCAGCGCUGGAAUCGGUCGAACUGGUACAAUUUUGGUGAUUGACAUGAUCAUCUACACCAUCGACACUCUCGGUCUGGACUGUGAUAUCGACAUCCCAAAAUACAUCCAGAUGGUGAGGGAGCAGCGCUCUGGGAUGGUGCAGACAGAGACCCAGUACAAGUUCAUCUACCUGGCUGUGUCCGAGUACAUACAGAGCACCAAAGCCAAAGACAGUGCCUCUAUGGAAACCGAGACGGAGUACGGGAAUCUGCAACUCAAACACCAACCAGCGACCAGGAAGGUCUCAAAUGAACACAGAUUCGAGACACCCCUCUUCUCUGAGUGUUAUCGUCUGAACUGUGUUUGCGUGACCUCUGGACUCGGGAGCCACUCACGGACAAACUGGACAAUGUUCUAAUUACCCGGUCGGGAAAGAUAAAGCAGCUCGGAUACACUGGAUAAUUCGGCGCCGAACAAUGUAAACUUUGACCCAGUUGCUCUGAAUAGUUGAGUGAUUGAUUCAUCUGUUUGAAUUGUUCCUGUGCAUCAGCUCUGUUGAUUAAUCCCUCCACUGACUGUGGUUAACAUCCUAGAGAUCCCUGUACAACCAGUGUUAACUAUAGUUCAUAGAAGAAUUGCGUUGAAGCGCUGAAAAAUUCACUCAUAAUCUCUUUCUUUUCUUUUCCAGAAAAACAGAGGAUGUUUACGAGAAUCUCUCAAAAGGCAAGAAGGAUGUGAAGAAGCCAAAGUCCGACAAGAAAAGUGGCUCAGUGAAAAA